GGGAGGAGCAGGAACAGUCAGGACUGGAAUCUAGCUCUGUUCCAAAGCCAGCUCUUAAUUACCAACAUGGGGGGGUGGUGGCGUGUUCCUGCCCCUCGUUUUUCUGGAGAGGGGUAACUCCCCCCAUUUUGGCCCCCACAUCCCUGAGAACCUUGGGGUCUGGCUGUAGGAGGUGGGGGAGCUCUGGGGAGUCUGCGCUGGCUAGUUCCUGAGAUCGUUAAAAGUAGAUUCUCCUUUCGCUCCAACUUUCCCGGUGUCUCACACACUCCUGCCUUCUCCUGGGCCCACUGGGCCCACCGCCACCCAACCCGGGAACCCCCGGAGGCUCGCCAGCUCUCCAGAAUGGGAAUUUCUUGACGUUCCCUGCCUGAGCUUCGGGGAGGGCGGGGGAGUGCCGUAAGGGGCUAUCGCGCAAGUGUAGACCCUCUGCUUCUGCCGCAAACGGCGGGCCUCACCUGGACCAGGGGACUCUCCAACGAGGGGCGCUAGUCUGGCCCGACUGGGCGAAUCCCCGCGUCCGUACCCGUUCCGUCGCUCAGUUCCACGACUCGCUCCCCUGCCGCCCCGCCUGUUCGCGGGUGGGUGGGCGCUUCCCUCGGCUUCCCGUGACACUUUGCAGACGCUCCCCGGCGCCGGGCAUGGGCGCCGCCGCCGUCGGUCCCCGAGUCGGAUUCCGCGCGCGGUGCCCCUGAGGCCCUCGGCUGCUGGGGUCCGCAGGAAGCCACGCCAUGAAUGACCGGAGCAGCCGGAGGCGAACAAUGAAGGACGAUGAGACCUUCGAGAUCUCCAUCCCCUUCGACGAGGCGCCCCACCUAGACUCACAGAUCUUUUACAGUCUGAGCCCCUCUCGGGGAAACUUCGAGGAGCCUCCGGAGGCUGCGUCCCCUGCCCUGGCUUUGAUGAACAGCGUCAAGGCCCAGCUGCACAUGGCUCUGGAGAGGAACUCCUGGCUGCAGAAGCGCAUCGAGGACCUGGAGGAAGAGAGAGACUUCCUGCGGUGCCAGCUGGACAAAUUCAUCUCUUCUGCUCGGAUGGAGGCAGAGGACCACUGCCGGAUGAAGCCUGGGCCCAGGCGGAUGGAGGGGGACAGCCGGGGUGGGGCUGGGGGCGAGGCCUCGGACCCUGAGUCAGCAGCCUCCUCCCUCAGUGGAGCCUCCGAAGAAGGCAGCGCCAGCGAGAGGAGGCGGCAGAAGCAGAGGGGAGGUGCUAGUCGGAGGCGCUUUGGGAAGCCCAAGGCCCGGGAGAGGCAGCGAGUGAAGGACGCCGACGGGGUCCUCUGCCGGUACAAGAAGAUCCUGGGCACCUUCCAGAAGCUCAAGAGCAUGUCGCGGGCCUUCGAGCACCACCGCGUGGACAGGAACACCGUGGCGCUGACCACGCCCAUCGCCGAGCUGCUCAUUGUGGCCCCCGAGAAGCUGGCCGAGGUGGGCGAGUUCGACCCCUCCAAGGAGCGCCUGCUCGAGUACUCCCGUCGCUGCUUUCUGGCCCUGGACGACGAGACGCUCAAGAAGGUGCAGGCGCUCAAGAAGAGCAAGCUGCUGCUGCCCAUCACCUACCGCUUCAAGCGGUGAUCGCACCACGCCUCCGCGCCUCCGCCCGGGCCUUCCUCCCCCGCCGACCCCGGCCCUCCCCAGGCCCCCGGUGGAUGACCUGCGCCUCUCCCUGCCGCGCCCCUGCCCCUCCUCCUCACUCCCUGGGUUGGGGGCUCCCUUAGCCCGGCCCCCAAGCGCGACGGCCCAGGGCCGGCCGCAGCCCCUUCCCGAACGCCGGCAUCCCCUUCCGCUUGGGCUGCCCAGCCCUGUCCUCGCCUGACCCCUUCCUCCUGGAAAUCAACCAGGCAGGAGGGUGCCGCCCCCCUCUCGGGUGGGGGACUGUAUAGACCCCGUCUCCGCCCCAGCCCCGCGGAGGAGCUGCCCACCUGAUUCCCGGACAGACCUCCCCAACUCCGCGCGAGACAGAGAAUUAUUCAGAGAAUUUAAAUUAAAAAACGACGUGAAAAUUUGGAAUAAA